AUGUAAUUAUGCCCAUAAGUCGAUGACAAUGAACCUAUUGUAUUAGGAAAUGUGUCAGAAGAGUGGCAAUUCUUUUUGGAAGCUUGGAAACACAUUCCAAUUAAGUAUUAUUCAUUACAAGUUGGCAAUUGCUAUAUAUUAAUCCCUAAAAGAGAAGGAAAAUAUGCCUCAUCUAAUAUCAAUAUAAGAAUAAUUCUCUCAAUAUUGUCUAAAGAUGAAGGUAUGUAUGUUAAAUUCACUAUUACUCCUCCUUCAACUCCUUGUAAAAUCAAUGUCAAAUUCGUUAUCGAAGAUAUCAUUACUCAGUUACCAGUUGAGGGUAUUGAAAUGGAGAUAAAUGUCAAAAAUUUUUGA